AUGACAACUAUAUUUGGUAAAAAAUUUGGGAUGGAUCUAGUCUGUCUACUGUUGAUAAAACUCGAUGUUAUCCCUGGUAUGAACUGGUUGGAGUUUAAUCAUGUCCAUAUUAACUAUUUCAACAAGAUAAUUUCAUUUCCAGAGUUCGUGGAGGAGAAGGAUUUGUUUGUAUCUGCCAAGCAAGUAGAAGAAUAUGCAAAAGAUUGGGAGAUGGUGUUUAUGGUGUUAGUUUUGCUGGAUGCCAAGAGCAAAGGAGUAACUAGUGAUUUACCUGUAGUUUGUGAAUUUUCAGAUGUGUUUCUUGAAGACAUCGAUGAUUUGCCACUAGAGCUUGAGGUAGAGUUUACGAUGGACUUAGUUCCUACCUCUAGUCCCAUUUCGAUGGCUCCAUAUCAGAUGUCUACUGCCGAGUUGAACGAAUUGAAAAAAGCAACUAGGAGAUUUUCUCAAAAAGAAGUUCAUUCCUUCUAG